UACGCUGCCUCGGCCAUUCGUCGUCCGGCGCGCGUCAGAGACACUUGGAGUCUCUCCUCUCUCUCUUUCUCCUUUACGUUACCCGUGUCUCACCCAACACCCAUACACACGCGCACUCAAUCAAUCCAUCACGAUGUCUGGACUCGCGGAUCCCGUGGCUUUCGCCAAGGAUUUCAUAGCCGGCGGUGUGGCUGCGGCUAUCUCUAAGACCACUGUCGCGCCCAUUGAGCGCGUAAAGUUGUUGCUGCAGGUACAGCACAUCUCCAAGCAAAUUGCCGAGGAUCAGCGUUACAAGGGUAUGAUCGAUUGUUUCGUUCGUAUCCCACGUGAACAAGGAUUCCUCAGUUACUGGCGUGGUAAUUUCGCCAAUGUUAUCAGAUAUUUCCCAACGCAAGCCUUGAACUUUGCCUUCAAGGAUAAAUACAAGCAGGUUUUCCUUGGUGGCGUUGAUAAAAACACUCAAUUUUUCCGUUAUUUCCUUGGAAAUCUCGCGUCUGGUGGUGCUGCUGGAGCCACUUCUCUAUGCUUUGUCUACCCACUUGACUUUGCCAGAACCAGGUUGGCUGCUGAUGUAGGUAAAGCUGGCGGUGAGCGUGAGUUCACAGGAUUAGGUAAUUGUUUGACGAAGAUUUUCAAAGCUGACGGUAUGAUCGGUCUUUAUCGUGGGUUCGGCGUAUCGGUGCAAGGUAUCAUCAUUUAUCGUGCAUCUUACUUCGGUUUCUAUGACACUGCCCGUGGUAUGCUGCCAGACCCCAAAAAGACUCCAUUCCUCGUUUCAUGGGGUAUUGCCCAGGUCGUAACUACUGUCGCGGGUAUUGUGUCUUAUCCCUUUGAUACAGUACGUAGGCGUAUGAUGAUGCAGUCCGGCCGUGCCAAGACUGACAUUUUGUACAAAAACACUCUCCAUUGCUGGUCCACCAUUUACAAAACGGAAGGUGGUAAUGCCUUCUUUAAGGGCGCGUUCUCUAAUGUUCUCCGUGGUACAGGUGGUGCGCUCGUACUCGUAUUGUACGAUGAAAUUAAAAAUCUUCUUUAAAGCGCUAAUACGAUCCUCGUCUCAUUACUCUCACGAUCAUUGACAUCGUCAUUAAUUAUCCACAUCAUCCGAUUUGAUAGCGAUUCCCACAGACCGACAGACAGAAGAAAUGCUGUCGAUAUUAAUACGUAAUUCAGGCUGAGGACGGUCGACGUAGCAGCUCGUAAAGUGCAUGAAACUCGG